ACACACUCACACAUUCGCCAGGUGGAAGCUCUGCCGUUGGUUCUUCGGCUCAGGAGUGCUUUUACCAUUUCUUUCUCUCACCCAACACGUAUACGUAUACGUGUCGGCGCACUAACACCAUCUCGGGGGCCCGUUCAAGUUUGGUUCUUCGUUGAAGUCUUUUGUUUUGGUCCGCGGUUUGUUUGCCAUGUGCUCCGAGUAAGAGUUUCGUCUUGGGUGCCUUUGCCUUGUUUCUCUCGCACACAGACGACGACGACGACGACGAUUAAUUAUUUACAGCUUACCAUCGUUUCGAUUCCAGUGCGUUCCCAAACUGCUUUUAUAACUUUAACUUUCAUCGCUGCUGCUUCUGAGCCUGCUUCGGGUUUUCGGUUUUUGGUUUUCAGUUUACAGUGCUCAGCUUUUCCCUCUCCGCCGCUGCAAAUGACGACUUUCGUCUAUUUUUGUCAAGAUUUUUGUUUAAUUAUAUAAUUUAAACUUUUUUCUUCUUGUCGCACAUUUUUGGCCUACGUUUUGGCUGGCAAUCUUAUUCCGCCUGCUUAUCCAUUGUCUCCAUUGCCAACGUUUUUACUUUUCUUUGCAUAAACCGCAUGGCUAAUUACGCACAAGGAGAGUGAAACUCCAUUAGAUUCUUAAUUAUAGUUUAAUUGCCUGCGCAGAAAUAAUGUGGAGAGCAGCACCCAACGAGCCGGGUAGAAAUUAACUUGGACCAUCGUGGCUGCUUGCAUUUGGAAAUCUUUCACCGCUGCAUUUCUUGUUGCAUUGUGGCUGGUACCUCCACUGGUCUCUAAGCCGUGCGCAGUAAGCGUUGCAAGCUGUGCCUUCGGCAGGCUCCAUUUGGAGUAUCUUGCUAGGGCUUUUGGGUGGCUUGGCUUUCAGGGGGCUCGGGCUCUCUGCACUUACAACUGUUUCUUUUGUCUUACGCCCGAUGCUUUCCUGGUAGUUGUAGAAAACUUUCUAAUGUAGAAGAUGUCUGCAGUAGCAGAAAUCCCCCCAGCCCAUUGUACUCGGAUUGAAUUGCCCUGUAGUAGGCCACUAUUUACUCGCAGUUUGUCAGCGUUUUCUUUCUUCCGAGAUUUUCCCAAGCUUGAUAAAUUGUCGGCGAGAAUUUCAAUGUUGUAAAGUUGUAAAAGCUGAGUUCUAUGCAUGUCAGCUCACACCGUUGCCGAUUGAUCGAUUCUUUUACCCUCGCCCAGCUGGGUGAAAGUUGGCUGAUAAAGCCACCGACUGUUGCAUAUAGACUCGUUGUUAUAGAGAUGUAAAUCAUCUCUCCAUUGCAAGUUUGGCCCACGGAGCAGGGAUGCAGAACCCGUCCGAGGGCCGUUUAGUCAUGCAGUGCUCAAUCUUGUGUCACAAUCCAACGACUUUCGACCAACAGAUAGGCCCGAAUUUUUAUUUACAUGCUAAUGAGCAACGGAAUAUUUUGUUUCUGCUGAAAACGAAAACGCAUUUUAUUGCCAAACGAUGAGCUUCGUCAAAUGGGGAGCUAAUAGAUUUAAUGGGACGGCCGGUUCGUUAUAUAAAUCUCGGCCGGGCCAGAACCGUUUGCACUGCUGGGGCAAAGGAAACGAGCCAAGAUGUAUCGCGGCCAAAUGAUUAAUGCAGCCAAAAGCCGAGACCCCAAAAGCCAAAAUCGUAUUUUCACUUUUUAAUAAUUAACAUAAAAUUAUUAACAAGAAGGCACGAAGAAGAAACUUUGCAGAGGGCGAGGCAGAACCAGCGAAGAAGCCGAAAACGAUGCCAAACGCAUUAAGCGCCCAGUCACAAAAAGAAUAAGCCACGAAAGUUGUAAAAAGUCGGAGGAGAGAAGAGAUUUCUGAAUUUCAUAAAGUCUCGUAAAGAACAAGACCCAGCUGCCGCAUGACUAACAGCCCGUGAGUCCGGAGACCUUCUACAAAUAUAAGCCAAAGAAUCUUAAGUGAAAUGAGUCUGAAAAGUUUUUCCAGAAAGCGGCCAGCGGGGCCUGACCCAAUUACCCAUUUAAGCCCAAAGACCAAAUUGCUGUGGUAGAAAGAAGAAAUGGCCCAAAGAACGAGAAGAUGGAAAUGGAAAUGUGGGGAAACCGAGGCACAAGACGAGUAACAGUUAUGUGACGGGCAGACAAUCGAAAGUUUAUGUCAUGCUGCCGGCAGCAACGCAGCAGCAGCAGCAGCAGCAACAGCAGCAACACCAGAAGCAACAGCUAAAGCAACAGCAACAUCAGAAGCAACAUCAACAUGCAGUCGAAAAUCCGAUUUCCGUCGCUAAGCAGAUGGUGCGUUCCUGAAAUUAUCAAUCCAGUUUGAUUUUCCGUUACCCUCUUUAAUGAAUAAUCAACUGCCAAGAUGUGUGACGAUGAUGCGGGUGCAUUAGUUAUCGACAACGGAUCGGGCAUGUGCAAAGCCGGCUUCGCCGGUGAUGACGCCCCCCGCGCUGUCUUCCCCUCAAUUGUGGGCCGCCCACGCCACCAGGGCGUGAUGGUGGGCAUGGGUCAGAAGGACUCGUACGUGGGUGACGAGGCCCAGAGCAAGCGCGGUAUCCUCACCCUGAAGUACCCCAUCGAGCACGGCAUCAUCACCAACUGGGACGACAUGGAGAAGAUCUGGCAUCACACCUUCUACAACGAGCUGCGCGUGGCCCCCGAGGAGCAUCCAGUAUUAUUGACCGAGGCGCCCCUGAACCCCAAGGCGAAUCGCGAGAAGAUGACCCAGAUCAUGUUCGAGACCUUCAACUCGCCGGCCAUGUACGUGGCCAUCCAGGCUGUGCUCUCGCUGUACGCCUCCGGCCGUACCACCGGCAUCGUGCUGGACUCCGGCGACGGUGUCUCCCACACCGUACCCAUCUACGAGGGCUUCGCCCUGCCCCACGCCAUCCUGCGUCUGGAUCUGGCCGGUCGCGAUCUGACCGACUACCUGAUGAAGAUCCUCACGGAGCGCGGCUACUCCUUCACCACCACCGCCGAGCGUGAGAUUGUGCGCGACAUCAAGGAGAAGCUGUGCUACGUGGCCCUGGACUUCGAGCAGGAGAUGGCCACCGCCGCCGCCUCCACCUCGCUGGAGAAGUCGUACGAGCUGCCCGACGGCCAGGUGAUCACCAUCGGCAACGAGCGUUUCCGCUGCCCCGAGGCCCUCUUCCAGCCCUCGUUCCUGGGCAUGGAGUCCUGCGGCAUCCACGAGACCGUCUACAACUCAAUCAUGAAGUGCGACGUCGACAUCCGCAAGGACCUGUACGCCAACUCUGUGCUGUCCGGCGGUACCACCAUGUACCCUGGUUAG